AGAAGAUGGCGGCGCCCUGUUGCGGUUGAGAGGAGAGAGAGAGAGAGAGAACGGAGGGUGCGGGAAGGCGACCCGGCUCGUGCGUGAUGGCCACAUCCCCGCACAAUCUGUCCUCACGCCUCCUGACAGUAGCCAUUUGCAGGGAAGGCUCACAACGUGGUCACCAGUCGUGGUCACCAGUCGCUGUGUCACAGAGCUGAUGGUCCUUCGUCCACUGGUAUAACCAGAUGAACGAGGGUCUCUGGAAGCUGGAGAAGCAGCUACUUAGCCUGGCCACAUGUGCUUAAAUCUUUAGCACCACCGGCAGCAUCCCGGUUGGGUAGGAGGAUGUGUCUGGUAUCUGGAAAGGAGAGCCGUGCAUCAAUGCCCUCAUAAAUCCAUGCAUCUUUUGAGGAGUACCAAUAAACAGUGGAUCACAUUUCGACACUUUAGCUUCCUGAAGCGUAUGUAUGUCACACAGCUGAACAGAGGUCUCAACCAGCAAGCCAAACCAAAGCCAGAACCAGUGGCAGCACCUUUCCUUGAAAAAACAUCUUCAGGUCAUGUCAAAACAGAACUUUAUGACAUUAGCCCUCUCUUGCCCCCAACCAUAUCUUUACCGAGAAAGCCAAAUGAAAAAGAAGUGAUUGAACUAGAAUCUGCCUCUGUAGUGGAAGGCUCAAUAGAAAUGGAAAAACAGAUGAAAGAAGGAAAACAGUGGAAGGAAAUGAAGCUGCAUGUGGAUGAUUUGCCAGGAAUUUUGGCCCGGCUGUCCAAGAUCAAACUUACAGCUCUGGUUGUCAGUACCACUUCAGCGGGAUUUGCGCUGGCUCCAGGAUCUUUUGACUGGCCCUGUUUCUUGUUUACUGUUGCUGGAACAGGCCUUGCAUCGUGUGCUGCCAACUCCAUCAACCAGUUCUUUGAAGUUCCAUUUGAUUCCAACAUGAAUAGGACGAAGAACAGACCUCUGGUUCGUGGUCAAAUCAGUCCUUUGCUGGCGGUGUCCUUUGCUACUUGCUGUGCAGUUCCAGGAAUCGCCCUUCUAACUUGGGGGGUGAAUCCACUCACAGGAGCCCUAGGAGCCUUUAACAUCGUCCUGUAUACUUGCUGUUACACCCCGCUGAAGAGGAUCAGCAUUGCCAACACGUGGGUCGGAGCCGUCGUCGGGGCCAUCCCACCCAUCAUGGGCUGGACAGCGGUUACUGGCAGCCUGGAUGCCGGAGCAUUUCUUCUGGGAGGAAUCCUCUACUCCUGGCAGUUUCCUCACUUCAACGCCCUGAGCUGGGGCCUACGCGAAGACUAUUCCCGAGGCGGCUACUGCAUGAUGUCAGUCACGCACCCGGGCCUGUGCAGGCGCGUCGCCCUGCGCCACUGUCUGGCCUUGGUCGCCCUGUCCACGGCAGCCCCCAUCCUGGGUAUCACCACAUGGACCUUCCCCGUCAUCUCCCUCCCCAUCAACCUGUACAUUUCCUACCUCGGCUUCCGGUUCUACACGGAUGCAGACCGGAAGAGCUCCCGGAAGCUGUUCUUCUGUAGCCUCUGGCACUUACCGCUGCUGCUGCUUCUCAUGCUCACGUGCAAGCAGUUGCCACCCACAGAAUGUGACAGAGGAGGACCUGAGAGUUGAAGUCACACUGGCACAUGAGGAGGAAGAAAAAAAACAAAAACAGCCAACAUCUGAGGAGACGCAUAAUUUUCUUGUUUUUUUUUUCUUUUUUUUUUUUCCUGUCAUCAGUAGGCAAAGCCUAUUUUGGUAAUUCUGGAGCUCGAAAAGAGGAAUCACUGGGUUUGUUUCAAGAUUGUAAAAUAAUCUGGUGCUCACUAAUCAACAUUUUUUUUUAACGAGAAGCAAAACACUCUUUAAAAUGAGAAAUGAGCUGACUCAAUCAGUGCAAAGAGAAUGUUCAUCUCUUUGAGAGCCUUUAUCUCUCUCUCUCUCUCUCUCCCCUCAACAUCACCCCACUGUUUUACUUCUGUCCAUGUGCACGUCUCCCAUGUGCUAUUCUCCACCUUCUCUCAACACGCACACGUACACGCACACACUGUGAGCUGGAGUAGUAACGGGAAAGACUAGGUGAGCCCUGCUCUGAUAGCUCUGGCCUGUCCCCAGGCUGUCCGAGGAUAUGCAGGCUGUGGCCACCGCCUCCCCUUUCCCACAACGUGAGUCAGGGCCCCAGCUUCCAGCUUCCUCCACCGCACAUACUCUUGCAGAUGAUGGCAGAAUACCAAGGAAAGGCUGCUGCUGCAGGACAUGCAGGCAGACAAUUCCAAACGGUUGCCUAGGGAGUCCCAUUGUUGGCCCCUGUCCUCUAAGACCACUAGAUAUCAGCAUUUCAAAAAAAAAAAAAAAAACACUGCAAAGAAUUAAAGAAAUCUUUAUAGUGUUUUUUGUUUGUUUGUUUGUUUUUGGUUUUGUUUUUUUGUCAUUGCUGGGGCUUUACCACUCCAAGUCAACUUUUUCAGAUAGAAACAGUAAGACCACAGUCCCGAAGCUUCCCUCAGGGCUGUAGUAUUUAGGUUAACACAGUGUGUCAGGAGCUCAAACCCGGGGCAUGGGCGUGGCAAAGUGGGCACCCUCCCAGCUGAGCUACUUUACAAUUCAUUUGAAAAUGACAGGAAGUGCCAGAAGCCAUUUCUUUCUGGAAGGGCAGCACGAAACUCAUAGCAGAAACCCCACCAGCUCUGAUCCAAUUCCUGUUCCUCUUCAGUCACUUUUGUAGACUGUCAGCUCUGUUUUACCUCCUUGUUUUAUUUGUCUGUUUCAAGACCAUAUGAGGAAUGAGAUCACAGGGGCGGUGGGGAAGGAGGGACUGAGCUAACCAACCCACACAGUUCCCAUUCUGAGUUCUUACUCCUAUAGCGAGCAACAUUUUCAUCCUGGUGUCUUCUGGACUUCUGGUGGGACUGCUUCCCGUGGUGGGAGUUAAUUUCACAGUAGCCAGGUAUGGCCUCUGCCAUCUGAUAUUUCCUCCAUCUAGUCCACUGUCAAGUCCCAUUUGCCUGAAGGUUGUGGUUUACUCAUUCCCCAAGAGCUCUGCUGCUCAACAGGAAUCCAUGUGGGAGGUUAAGCAACAUUUAAAUACUUGUUGCAAUAUGUUCUUUUAAAAAAAAAAAAAAUCAAAAGCAAUUGUAGAUAGUAUUUGAUCCCUAUUUCUACUUGACUGUAUCCCGGUUCUAUUCUGUGGAACAUGGCAUAGGAGUAUCUGCAGAGAACAUCUAUAACUGAGUGCAGAACUCAGAUUUGUGUAAAAGAAAAAUAAAAAGUAUUGGUUUUCUUUUCCAGCUGCAAUAAACCAAUAUAUAAAAUUA